AGAGAGGGAGAGAGAGAGAGAGAGGGGAGGUGGGGUUGUAACAGGUGAUCCAUUGACAGGUGAGCGUCUUUGCGACUGGACAGCGAGCCGAGCAGACAAGAGCAGAAGAUGUCGGGUUUCGUCCAGCGCGUGAUGGCGCUGACCAAGCGGCCCGGUCAGACCUUCGGGUUCUUCCUGCGGGCGGAGCAGGGCGAGGCGGGGCACCUGGUGCGCUGCCUGGACAUGGGCGGGGCCGCCGAGCUGGCCGGCAUGAGGGACGGCGACCGCAUCCUCAGGGUGAACGGGACCUUCGUGGACGACCUGCCCCACCAGCGGGUGGUGGAGCUGGUGAAGGAGAGGGGCGUGUCCGUGACCUUCAGCGUGAUCGACGCCGCGUCCUACGAGCGGGCCAAGACCGAGGGGGUGGACCUGUCCGUCACGCACCCCCGCCCGCCGGCCGUGGCGGCGGGGGGGGUCCUCGCGGCGCUGGGCCCCGCGGGGACCCCCAGGCUCUGCUACCUGGUCAAGGCCAGCGCCGGCUAUGGCUUCUCCCUGCGGUCGGUCCUGGGCGAGCUGGGCGUGUUCCUGACCCAGGUGUCGUCGGGGGGCGUGGCCGAGCGGGCGGGGGCCCGGACCAACGACCGGCUGCUGGAGGUGAACGGGGCGAGCGUGGAGCAGGCCACGCACGAGCAGGUGGUGGAGAGGAUCAGGGUGGCGGACGACGCCCUCAUGUUCCUAUUGGUGGACGAGGACACGUACCGCUACUACCAGACCAAUCAGAUGAAGGUAGGGGCGGGGCUGGCCACCGUGAAGCACCUCCCACACCAGCCACGCAUCGUUUACCUCACCAAAGGACCGGAGGGGUACGGCUUCCUGCUCAGGGAGGACCCCAAGACCAAAGCCCACCUCAUCAAGGACGUCGACGUGGGGAGCCCGGCCCGGAGGGGGGGGCUGGUGGACGGGGACCGGCUGGUGGCCGUGGACGGGGCGGCGCUGGAGAGCCAAUCCCACGAGGCGGCGGUGGAGCACAUCCGACGGGCGGGCGGCGCCUGCUGCCUCCUGGUGGUGGACCCCGACACCGACAGGAUGUACAAGAUGGCCGGCGUGUCCCCCAUGCUCUACUGGGAGGAGACCAAGGGGUCUGCGUCCCCCCCCAGCUACUCAGACGCCAUCCACCUGCCGGCCCCCCCCCGCCCAGCACCAGCAGGCGACAGGGAGGAGCAGCAGCAGGAGGAGGAGGAGCAGGAGGAGGAGGAGCAGAAGGAGGAGGAGCAGAAGGAGGAGCAGAAGGAGGAGGAGCUCAAGCCUAAACUGUGCAAGAUGCAGAAGACGUCCGCAGGCUACGGCUUCCACAUCAACGGCAUCCGGGGCGUGUGUGGGCAGCACAUCGAAGAGGUGGUGCAGGGCGGGGCAGCCGACCGCGCCGGGCUGCAGGACGGCGACGUGGUGGUGGAGGUGAACAGCGUCAACGUGGAGAGCUCCGCCCACGAGGAGGUGGUGGCGCUGGUCCAUCGCAGCGGCGCCUCCCUGGAGCUGCUGGUGGCCUCGCAGCGCGUCUACGACCGGCUCCGGGCCCGGGGGGCGCCCAUCACCCCCACGCUGCUGGGACCGGGCCCCAGGGUCCAGACCCAGGCCACGGUGGAGCCCCGGGCCGGGGCCGGGACCCCCCCCCCCCCCGGACCCCCCCGCCCGGGAGAGGACGCCAUCGGUGUCGUCUGCCUCGUCUGAGGAGGGCGUGGAUCUGAGGUUCUGAAGGCCGUGAGCCCCCCUCUGGUCCCAAGCUCCUCCUCUGGAACAACGGCAACCACACUGAGGGCCCCAACUCAUCCUGAGGGCCCCAACUCAUCCUGAGGGCCAAACACACUGAGGGCCCCAACUCAUCCUGAGGGCCAAACACACUGAGGGCCCCAACUCAUCCUGAGGGCCCCAACUCAUCCUGAGGGCCCUAACUCAUCCUGAGGGCCAAACACACUGAGGGCCCCAACUCAUCCUGAGGGCCAAACACACUGAGGGCCCUAACUCAUCCUGAGGGCCAAACACACUGAAGGCCCUAACUCAUCCUGAGGGCCAAACACACUGAGGGCCCCAACUCAUCCUGAGGGCCAAACACAUCCUGAGGGCCCCAACUCAUCUUGAGGGCCAACCACACUGAGGCCCCCAACUCAUCCUGAGGGCCAACCACACUGAGGGCCCUAACUCAUCCUGAGGGCUCCAACACAUCCUGAAGGCCAAACACAUUGAGGGCCCCAACACAUCCUGAGGGUCCCAACUCAUCCUUAGGUCCCGAGACAUUGAGGGCCCCAACACUUCCUGAGGAACUCAGAAGUUCAUUGACUGAGGAAAGAGAAGGCUUCACUGUUAACCAUCUACCUUCUAAAUGUGCAAAUAUGAUUAUCAACAGAAUUGAGCCAUGACAUUAACACUUGUUGUAUCCUAAUGAGUCACCUUCCUAAAGGCUUUGGAGUACUGGUUGUAUGAAACUUCUUUAAUCUGUAAAAAUAUCCUAUCCCUACACAUAACAUAAGCUAUUAAACAUGUUGCAUACUUUAAUGAUCAAAUAUCCUAAUAUAAAGCAUUAUAUAUCAGUUGUUCUGACCUGCUAUGUAAAACAAAGAAUAUUUAAAUAAACUAUUUUAUUUCGUUUUAAAAUCA